GGUUGCGGGGCUGUACCGGCAGCAGUGCGUGCAUGCGGUCGCGAUCAGGCCGGCGGGGCCGCUGCUGGUGUACCGCCGCACGCGCAUCUCCGCCUCCCCCUCUCCUGAGCUGACCGCACUCAGGGCGCUUGUACGGCGGAGGGGCCCGCAGGCGCUGGAUGCCGUACAUCCCCUGGCGGCCAAGCGGGUGUCCAGCCAGGGCGAGUGGGAGUACUGGUACGGCGCCUACCGCCUGUGGGAGCAGUUCGCCCCGCUGCCGCCCUCCUGCCGUACAGCCGCACUCUCAUUCGUACUCACCUCCGACCAGCGCCAGCAGCAGCGGCAGCAAGGGGGGGACGAUGGUGGUGUCGGCAGCAACGGCAGCGGCGAUGGCUCUCUCAGCACCCUAGAGGUUUCCUCCGCCCCGCCCGCUUCCUCGUCUCCCUCCCCCACCGCCUCCUCCGCACCCUCCGUACAGAUUACCGUACCCCCUGCUGAGCUGCGGCGCUUCAUGUCGGCCCUACUGGACCUGCUGCCCAACCAGCCGUCAGCAGCAGCAGCAGGCGGCGGGGGCGGGGGCGGAGGCAGUGUUGGAGCAGGCGGCGGGGCACCAGCACCGCGGGCCGGUGAGUGGCUGCCCGCGGGCGCAACGGCACUGCAGAUCCGCUACAGCCCUCUCCCGCCUGCAGCGGCAGCAGCAGCAGGAGCGGCAGCAGCAGCGGCGGGAGCUGGGAUGUCGGCGGGGCCUCGCGGCCCUAGUGACGGGGAUGUCGGCGAUGCCGGCAGCAGCAGCAGCACCAGCACCAGUCGCAUACCUGAGGAGCUUCAACCCAGUGCAUACGAGGUCAGGUGGGCUCAAGCAGGCGCCAACUCAGACACUGGCGCUCCCGGCAGCAGCGGCAAGGGAGCGGCUACUCCCGCUGCCGUACAGUGGUCGCCCCCAAUGCGCCUGACGUCGGCUCAGCUGCUGUCGCUCGUCAACAUCUUCACUGACGUCACUAACCGGGUCCCGGAGCUAGCUGACGUCAGCCAGCCGCCCGUACGACUUGUCGUACCGGCGACGUCUCCGGUUCAGCGACUGGCGUCUGCCGUACAAGACGCCGUGGCGACGGCGGCGCGCUUCCUGGGCCUGCUGGCGCUGCUGGCGGUGCCGCUGGCGGCGGUGAUGAAAGCCGGCGGCGGUGGCGGCGGCGGCGGUGGGGAGCGGACUCUCUUUGGCGUCGGCUUCCCCGCUGCUACUGCUGCCGCCGCCACCGUUCGUGAAGCAGCCCAGCCCUCCUCGCACCCCCCUCAGCAGCUGGUCGCCCCCCGGUGGUCCACACCCUCCGCGGAGGCCGGCGAUGCAGCGGCAGCAGCAGCGGCAGCAGUGCCGAGCCCCAUGAGUCCUGCAGCGCCUGCAGCGGCCCCCUCCCGCACGCCUCCGCCACCCCCCAGGCUGAUUCCCGCCCCCGCCAGUGCUACUGAGCUGGCGGCGCUGUGCCGUACACUCGAGUCCCAGCUGCAGGGGGCUAACAUGUGGCUGGAGGUGACGGGCACCCGCGCGGCCUGCUUGACCACCCCGGCCACCACCGCCACCAGCACCCACCAGGGCAGUCAGGACCCGGCAGGCACCAGCAGCAGCAGCAGCAGCAGCAGCGGUACGGCACACCGCCACGCCGGCCGGCCGCCACCGCCGCACCUGGCCCACCCGGAGUGGCCGGAGUUCCAGGUGGUGGUGGUGGUGGGCAGGGGGUGCGGCAGCACCGGGGAAGGAGCUCCGCGGGGCCCAGGGCAGGCGGCCGGGCAGGCGGCAGCGGGGGCGGGCGGUGUUGUGGUGCUGGGCUGCCGGCCGGUCAAUGCAGCCGGCUCGGCGGCGCUUCCGGAGCUGCCACUGGGUACUGCGGCGCUGCGGGGGGCGGCUGCGGCGGCGGCGCAGGAGGCCCACUUGGCGGGUCUGACGGCGGAGAGGAUAGAGAGCGGCAAGGCGACACCAGGCACCUUCCAUCUGCCGUACCAUCCGGCACCGUACACCUGCCUGCCGCUGACAGCCCCCGCCAGCACGCCCCCGCCAGCAACACUGCCCACCACAGCGGCGGCCCCACCUGAUGCCGCCUCCGCCUCCGCACCAGCCCCCGCCCCCGCCCCCGCCCUGGCUGACGUGGCGGUGCUGAAGGUGGCGCUGAGGCCGGCGGGGGAGGCAGCCCGCCACGUGGUGCAGGGCAGGGGCAGGCGCCAGCGCGAGUUCGCCGCCGCGGAGGUGCGGGUGCGCCCCUGGUACGACAGCGACUCGCUGCUGCGCUGGAUGAGCGGGGCGGGCGGGGGCGUGUCACUGCC